AUGAAAAUUAAGAAGAAGUAUGAAUCAUAGAGAGUUACAGAGUUAGGGGAACACAUUUUGAAAACUUAAAAUACUAUGUUAGCAGCUAAAAUUGAUCAAUUAAAGAAGGAAAUUUAAAAUAUGAAAUCUGUAUACAACAACCCAAUAUAUCUAGUUUCUAGUUACCAGAAUAGACAGAGCGAGAGCUGAUUUAAUCAGAAGAACUAAUUUAUUAUAAAAAACUGAGUAAUUAACUUUCUCGAAGAAUAAGAAUCAUUAUGGCUUAUAAUGAGGAGGCAAUUCAAAAAAAAGUUGCCCAAGAAGAUAUAUAAGAAGAGAAAUUCGAAUGUCUUUGUGGUGCUAAUUAGAUUGAUUCUAUAAAAUAUUUACUUGUAAAUGGUCAUCAAUAAAUAUUGUAAUAAUAAUAAUAAGAGAUUCAACAACCAGAAGAAAAUAAUUAAUAAACUCAAUCUAAUCAAAAGUAAAAAUUACUUAAAUAAUUAGAGAUUAUAUAAAGAAAUUAAUUUAGGAAUCUUCAGAAGAGAAGGCUCAAUUACUCCAUUAAAUAGAAGAAUUAAAAUUAUAAUAGAAGUUGUCUGAAGAACAAUUCUUUCAAACAUAGUUAUUUGCAGAAUUAGUAUAAUAAAAUAAUUAUUUAACAACUACUCUAUUCAAUAUUGAGGAAUAAUUGAUAUAGGUAAUUUUAAUAAUAAAUGUAGUCUUAAUUAGCCAAUAAAGAACAACUAGAGAAAAAUCAAUAAUAACUGUAAUAAUGUCAAUUAGAAUGUGAAUAAAAAAUAAAAGAUUUGUUUUCAUAGCAAGAUAUAAUAAAAAUAGAAAUAAAAUAGAAUGAUGAUUAGAUAUAGAAUACUUUAAUAGAAGAAUUGAAAUCAUAAGUAGAAAAUUAAUCAAAAAUGAUUGAGGAUUUAAAGAUAGAAUUAUAAUAAUGUAGAGAACGUAAUAAAGAAGCACAUAAUUAAUUGGUCGAAGCAAUAAAUUAGAAAUAAACAUUAUUGAAUUAAAAUAAUGAUUUGAAAUAAUAUAUUAGUGUUCAUAAGAUAUUAUCAAAAGAUGAGAAAAUAGAAUAAGUAACUUUAAGAUAUGAGAAACACAAAUAAUUAUUAUAUGAAAUUGAAUAAGAAUAUGCUAAUACAAAAUCUAAUGAAUUUAUUUAAAGAUUUAGAGAAUUUGUUGGAUAUGUAAAGAUGAGAGAUGAAAAAGUUAAAGGAUUGGAAUAAUAAUUAGAUACAAAGUCAAAUGAUUAUAAUAAUAUUAAGAAGGUAAAUAAUUAUUAUAAUAAUAUUUAAGUAAAUACAAUAAUUAAUUGAUGAAUUAGAUUAUAAUUCAAAUUCUUUUAAUUCAAUAAAUGAAACAAAUAAGAAUUUAAAUAAACUUGUAAAUGAAACAUAAAAGAAUUUAAGCAGAGCUAUGUAAGAGAAGGUGGAUGAACGAAUAAAAUUUGAAACAGAAAGAUAAGUAAGUAUAAUCAAUUAUGAAAUUAAUAGCAUUUUUUAUAAAAAAUAUAAUAAGCUGAUGAUACUAUUAAAUAAUUAUAAUAAUAAAAUGAUUAAUAAAAAAAACUAAUAAAUUUAUUUGAAAUUGAAAGAACAAGCUAUAAAGAAACUAUUAGAAUGUUAUAAAAAUCAGAUGGUGAAAGUUAAUAAAAACUAUUAUAAAAAGAAUGGGAUGUUAGUAAAAUUUCAGAAGAAAGUAAAAUUAUAUAAGAAAGAGAGAAAUUAAGUGAGUCAAUUAAUAUAAAAUUUAUAAAAAAGGCAGAAAAAUCAAAAAGCAAAUUAAAAUAUUUAAAAUUAUAAAUGAAAUUGUAUUUAUAUUAUUUUAUUUUUUAGAGAAUCAAAAGAUAAUGAUAAUGAAUUAUUAACAUCAUUAAAAAUGAUGGUAGAUUGUUAAUAAUGUAAAAAAAGAGUAAAAUAAGUUAUUUUAAUGAAAUGUUUACAUAUGUUUUGUAAACCUUGUAUUGAUGACAAUUAAAAAAAUCGAAAUAGAGCAUGUCCUGUUUGUAGAGCAAAGUAUGGAAUUGAAGAGGUGAAAGCUAUAAUAUUAAAUUGAG